UACACACAAACUACUAUCUUCUUUGAAUAAGAACAAAAGUAUUGUUGAAAGAUGCAAACAAAGUGUCCCAGUUGGAGAUCUCAUUUCAGUUCUUUCAAACGCUUGGUGCGCAGGAGCUGUCACAAGAGAAAGAGGAGUUACACAACUUCAGUCUGGCUUUGUCCAGCCUGCAGCAUGGUCUCAUGCCCAGAGACUGCAGUGACGUCAUGGCGGCGGGAAAGUCCCAAAGUGGAGUCUAUACCAUCUUUAGCGGGUCCAACAGCUUCGAGGCUUACUGCAACAUGAACCUGGACGGGGGAGGCUGGACCGUGAUCCAGAGGAGAAAAGACGGCUCCGUCGACUUCUUUCGGGGUUGGAACGACUACCGAAAGGGCUUUGGAGACCUCGCCGGAGAGCACUGGCUCGGUCUGAAACAAAGACAUCCUUCUUGUCAAGCCUUUGUGGUUUGCGUGACGUGACGCCGCCGCCUUUGCGUGU